UCCAAUUUCUCUGCUGCGAUUUCACUUUCACAAAACAAAUUAAAGCUGCGCAAGGUAAAUAAACAGAAAAGGAACAGGUGCAAAAGGCGUAGGCUAUCAAAUUUCCCAGUAUCCAAAACAAACAAACAAAUACUAUGGCGACGGAAAAUUGUGCAGCGGAUUGCGAGAAUUCCAAGUCCACCUCCGCGUCCUUGAAAAUUCUUCCAAAGGACUAUGCCUAUCCACUGCUGGAUGAUCCGCAAAAGACUCUCGCCCCGCCCACCGAGGGCGGCGAGACGCUUGGUAUCCGCGGUGGCUUCAGUUACUUCCACUACGGAUGCGAUGGCCACCAGGAUGCGGGCUGGGGCUGUGGCUACCGCACUCUGCAGUCGGCCAUUUCGUGGGUCUGCCGACGACGGGAGGCACAUGAGCCUGUGCCCUCCAUCCGGGAGAUCCAGCAGAUCCUGGUCGCCCUUGGCGACAAGGGAGCCCAGUUCGAGGGCUCUUGCGACUGGAUCGGCACUCUGGAGGAGUUCUACGUGAUCGAUGUGCUCUACCAGCUCCCCUGUCGCAUUCUGCACGCCACGGAGCUCAGCUCGCCGGAGGUCCUCGCCCAGAUUCGCAGCUAUUUCGAGGACUAUCAGGGCUUCAUCGCCAUGGGAGGACUGAGUGACACAUCCUCCAAGGCCAUAAUUGGCUACCAUUCCAGUGCAGAGGGUCACAUCUUCUUCUUGGUGGUGGAUCCCCAUUUCGAGGGCGUGCCCAGCUCCCGGCAGCAGUUAAUCGAUCAGGGCUACGUCCGUUGGGUACCCGUCGACGAGUUCCCCGCCAGCACGUACAAUCUCUGCCUCAUAAUGCAGCCGUAGAGGCACCUCUCCGUACUUAUUCUAGCAAUAAAACCAGCUGAGCACCUUGA